CAAGGAAUGAAGCCAUAUUAUUUUCUCUACUAAACUCCAAUUCAUUCAAUUAUUAAAUAUUUAGGCAUUCUCUUGUGGAAAAUAUCAUAGGUUUUAUGGAUACAUAAGACGAAUUUUUAAACUCUCACAUCAUUCUAAUCUUACCACCACAAGACUAAAUCUACAAAUAUUCGAACAAGAUGUGGAAGCCAUUAGAAAAUAACCCAGAGGUUUUGGAGCCUUAUUUAAGGAAAUUAGGAAUUUUGAAUGCAAGUGUGUUUGAUUUGUUUACGUUGGAUGAAAUUCCAGAAUACAUUCCUCGUCCUGUGGCAGCACUUUUGUUGGUUCUUCCAUCUCCUGGAAAAUUUGAUAAAUCCCAAAAAGAAUCUAAACUUCUCUCAGCUGAUUCCAAAGAGGUGGUCUGGUUUCCUCAGCUGGUAUCCAAUGCCUGUGGUACUGUUGCUUUGGUGCAUGCUAUUGCUAACGGAAAUCUUUCCAAGCAAAAAUACAACUCUAAAUUUACAAAAGAUCUCUUAAAAAAUGCUAGAGAACAGACAGCUGAUGAAAGAGCAAAGAUGUUAAAAGACUCUGAAGAGGUAGCCAAACUUCAUGCAGAAUUCGCCGGUGAACCCGAUGAAGAAGAAGAAGGAGAUGAAGAAGAUGAAACAGAUCUUCAUUACAUUUGUUUUGUUAAAGGAACACAGGAACAUGAUUGCCAUUUUUAUGAAUUGGACGGUCGUCGCGAAGGACCAAUUCAACACUCUGAAAUUGAAAACGACGUUUUGGACCCUAAAGUGUUUUCUGUUAUUAAAGACUAUGUGCAAAAGACCAACUCUCCUUACUUUUCCUUAGUAGCCAUUACGACAACCGACGACAACUGAAUAUGAGUUGAGUGAUGAACACAGGGGUAAUGAAGUUCGAGUUAUUUAUUUUUCUUUUAUGAUAAAGCUUACUACCUUACUCUUCUUGAUUCAAUAUGAUUGAACCUGCCCAAGCAUUCCAUAUGCAAUUUGCUAAUACCAUAGUUCCUCAUUCAUGAAACUUAUAAAAUCAUUUAUGAACUACUACUCGACGGUUGCAAGUCUGCCUUACUCGGAUGUCAAUGCUUUUACAUUCAUCAUGUUAUUUGUUUUACGUUAUUAUAUGAAAAAAUAAAAUUGAAUAAACUGUGUCUUUAAGAUAACCUAUAACCUGCGUCCAAAGCUAUCCCUCAAAUAUCAAAAACUCU